AUGAAAAGCAAAUUGGAUCGACCACGCCGAAUUCCCACUCCUAACCAUGAGCAGCUUGAGCUGCUCAUGCAGCUGAGACUUCGCGCCGUUGAGCUAUCCUUCCUUCGAGACAUGGCCCUGCGAGAGGCCGCCUAUCACAUGUGUUAUGUCGAGGCCUUAAUGCAUGCCAAUGAAUCAUCUAAUAUCCUAGUUCUGUUGACCUUAGAACUCAUUAUUGCCAACCUACUUCACCGACUGAUAAGCCUGUGCGCAGAGGAGCAGGCCUACGCGACCAUUGAGCAAGAGUUGUGGCAUCAAAUCACAGAGUAA